AUGGCCCAGUCAAAAGAUACCAAAAACAAGCUGCGCCGGCUCAAAAAGAGAGAGCAGAAAAAGGCAAAAGCAGCAGAGACGGCGGCAGUCACAGCUGUGAAUGACUCUAGAGCUUCGGUCGAGCCAAAAGACGAGCAGGCAGUAUCCCCUUCGCACGACGCAGAUAAUCUCGCCGUGAAGGCCCCUUCAUCCGUCCAAGAGUCAACCGCCGAGGCGAAAUCGCAGUCAGGCGUCUCUGCCACAGUCAGCGCAAACGGAGCAGCUGUUGACGACGACAUUGACCUCGACAUCGAUGAAGGCGACUUGCUCAGCGACCCCGCGUACGCCGAUUACAAGAAUAUCUUUGAGAAGUUCGGAACCGGUAUCGGAGACGACGAGGUCGCACGAGAGGCCAACGCCGGGAACAAGGGCGAGGUGUUUUUCGAUGACAACGAGGGCAUUCCUAGCGAAGGCGAAGAUGACGCACGGAACAGACUGUCAAAGAAGAAACGCAAGCAGCUGAACAAGCUCACAAUUGCCGAGCUGAAGGCUUCGGUGAAGAACCCCGAGGUGGUUGAGUGGAACGAUGUCUCGUCAUCGGACCCGCGCCUCUUGGUGCACAUCAAGUCGCAACGGAACGUUGUCCCGGUCCCGCCUCACUGGGCGCUGAAGCGCGAGUACCUCUCCAGCAAACGGGGUGUCGAAAAGCCUCCUUUCAAGCUGCCCAAGUUCAUUGCGGACACGGGAAUCACGGAAAUGCGCGAUGCUGUCCUCGAAAAGCAGGCCGAGCAGACCCUGAAGCAGAAACAACGCGAGAGAAUGCAGCCGAAGAUGGGCAAGCUGGACAUUGACUACCAGAAACUCUACGACGCUUUCUUUCGCCACCAGACCAAGCCCGAGCUGACGCGGUUUGGCGACGUCUACCACGAAGGCAAAGAGUGGGAGGCGGACUACAAGAUAUUCAAGCCCGGCGAGAUUAGCGAGGGACUGCGGGAGGCAUUGGGCAUGCAACCCGACUUCCCCCCGCCCUGGCUGCUCCAGCAGCAACGUGUCGGACCCCCUCCAUCUUACCCUACCCUCAAAAUCCCCGGACUUAAUGCGCCCUUGCCACCUGGCGCCAGUUUUGGCUUCCAACCAGGCCAGUGGGGCAAGCCGCCGCUGGAUGAGUUCAACAGGCCUGUGUAUGGCGGUGACAUUUUUGGCAUUAUGGGUGCCCCCCAACCUGGCGCGCCAUACCAGCAGCAGCCACUCCUGCAGCAGCCGGUUGCGGUUGCUGCUGCCGUCGAGCCGAUUGACCGGACACUCUGGGGCGAGCUCCAGCCACUUGCCGAAGAAUCCGAGGAGGAAGAGUCGGACGAAGAGGAGUCAGAUGACGAGGGUGCCGAUGUCCCCGGCGGCACCGAAACUUUCACCGGCCUCGAGACGCCUGGUGGGUACGCUAGCACCAUUCACCCAGACAGCGUACCUUCUGGCGUUGAAACCAAUAUUGGAGGCGAAUUUGAUCUGCGUAAGACACGACGUGGAUUUGAGACUGAAGAGGCGCCCCGGUCCGCCUACCAGGUCAUCCCCGAACGCCAAGUUCGGGCUGAGGGAUUCUUUGGCAGCGACAAGACGUACGAGCUACCCAAGCACGGCCCGGGCCACGGCCCGCCUGUCUUAGGCCAAGAGGACGAUAGCACGCGAAAGCGCAAGAAGCCCGGCGAUGUUGAUGUGGCGCUGGACCCCGAUGCGCUGGUGUCACAGAAUGGCAUCGACAAGGAGGAGUUACGACGGCAGUACGAGACGACCAGUCGCCAGGAUGGCCUCGGCGCUCAGUGGGCAUACCGAGAGGAUCUCUCGGAGAUGAUUGCCAAAGAGAGCCGGAAGCGCCAGAAGCUUGACGAGAAGGCCAACGAAAGGAAGAGGGAUGACAAGAAGAAGGAGAAGUACACCUUCUAA